AUGUUUAAUGAGGCUUUGUACGGCAAAAGAAGACGGCAAAAUAAUACACUCAUAGAUAAUUGGAUCGAUAAGUAUUUACUCGAAGAUUCAGAAGAAGAAGAUAUCGAUAGAAGCUCUAUCCCAAUUACUCGUAGAUGGAUCAACAGAGAUCGAGAAGCAGGACAUGAUCGCCUUUUCCAAGAUUACUUUGCAGAUGAACCGGUGUAUAAUGCUGACAUUUUCCGACGGAGAUUUCGAAUGAGAAGACAUGUGUUCCUUCGGAUAGUAGACGCUCUCUCAAACGUCUAUCUGUAUUUCCAACAGAGGGUUGAUGCAACUGGAAGAAGAGGCUUGUCGCCACUCAAGAAAUGUACCGCUGCGAUACGGAUGUUAGCAUAUGGCGUAGCAGCUGAUGCUAUUGAUGAUUAUGUGCGCAUAGGCGAGAGCGCUACAAUUGAAUGCUUGGAAAAAUUUGUUGAAGGUGUCAUUUCAGUGUUCGAGGAUGAAUACUUGCGAAAACCCAAUCCAAAUGACGUACAACGCCUGCUACAAAUGGCGGAGGGUCGUGGCUUUCCUGGCAUGUUGGGUAGCAUUGACUGCAUGCAUUGGCAAUGGAAAAAUUGUCCAAAGACGUGGAAAGAUAUGUACAUGAGUGGUUAUCGUGGGGUUGCAACCAUAGUACUUGACGUUGUAGCAUCUUCAGAUCUUUGGAUAUGGCAUGCGUUAUUUGGAGUUUCUGGUUCAAAUAACGAUAUCAAAGUGUUAGAUCGUUCUCCAGUGUUUGAUGAUAUUCUAAAUGACUGUGUUCCGGAAGUCAAUUAUACUAUUAAUGAUAAUAAUUAUACAAUGGGAUACUAUUUAUCAGAUGGUAUUUAUCCUGAAUGGGCCACAUUUGUCAAAUCAAUCUCAAAGCCACAAGGGGAUAAACACAAGUUAUUUGCACAAUACCAAGAAGGGCAAAGAAAAGAUGUGGAACGAGCAUUCGGAGUGCUGCAAGCACGCUUUGUAAUUAUACGUGGUCCAGCUCGUUUUUGGAAAAAGAAGAAGCUUGCCAACAUAAUGAGAGCUUGUAUUAUAUUGCAUAAUAUGAUUGUUGAGGAUGAAAGAGACACUUAUGCAGGAAAUUUUGCUCAAGGCUUAGAGUAUGAUGAUGUUGAAAAUGGCUUAUCACAACCUCAGCUAGGAGGAGAAGAUUUUGCACCAUACCAUCAAUUUCUCCUAAGAAAUGCCCAACUUCGAAAUAGGCAGCAGCAUAGACAAUUGAAAAAGGACUUGAUUGAACACAUAUGGCAAUUUCACAAUGCUUGUCGUCAACUAUAGAGUUUAAUUAUGUUUUUCUUUGUAUUAAGUAAUUUUACAAAUUAGUG